AUGAACAGGGGUAAAGGACUUGCUGUCUCUGUGGGCCGACGUGAAUUCACUAAAUGGACAGAGGACAUGGACAACCGACUCCUGAAUGCCAUGUUAGAUGAAGCUCGACUCGGUAACAGGGUGGAUGGUAGUUGGACAACCCAAGCAUACAAUAACAUGCUAAGCAAUCUACAUGAAGCAGGGUUUGUGAACCUUAACAAAAACAACGUUAAGAAUAGACAAAAAGUGUUGAAGGAAAAGUCGCGUGAGGUGCAUGACUUAUUUUGUUCACUAAGUGGAUUUGCGUGGAACAACAUAUCAAAGGUCUUUGAGGCUGAAGAUGAAGUGUGGGCAGAGUUGUUGCAGUCAAAGCCGCACGCAGCGAAGUGGCAAAGUACCCCUAUAAGGCAUUACGACCUGAUGGAGGAAUUAUGGUCAUCAGAUCGUGCAACUGGUGAGGGGGUGAGAACUGCUUCACAAGCUAGUCGGAUUCGCCAACAAAGGCGUUUAGAAGUUGAUUUGAAUGAUGAAAUGGAGUACACACCUGAGCCUCCAGGCUAUGAACCACGCGAGAAUGCUUACCCAUCCUCACCACCAUCCAUGGAUGAGUAUAGCCCAGGCCCUACCCAAAGUGUUCCUUCUGUACCAUCUGGUGGAACCUCAUCAUCUCGGGGAUCUAAAAGAAAGCACCCAUGA